UCCGCUUCAAGAGACAAAACUCUUAGAGUGUGGGACCUGAAAGAUGAUGGAAAUAUGGUGAAAGUAUUGCGGGGCCAUCAGAAUUGGGUAUACAGUUGUGCGUUUUCUCCAGACUGUUCUAUGCUGUGUUCAGUUGGAGCCAGUAAAGCAGUAUGUAUCAAAGUUCUUGUCCAUGUGCUGAAUUGGAUGAUGAUGUAUGCUUAAUCAUUUCAAAUCUGAGUGACCUAUUAAGUUUGUGCUUGGUGUCAUGAAUAUCUUAAGUGCUUUAUUUCAUGAUGGAGAGAAUUUGCAUGUAGAAAAUUAGAUAUUUGUGAAUUGAGAAUUGAAUUGCUUUUAGAGAUGUUUAUAAAAUGAAGGGUUAGUGAGGGUAUUUUUUUGUGAAUGAAGUCUAGGAAUGCUUAUGUGCUGUAGAUAAGUAAGAUUAGUCCAUUUUUAAGAUAUUUUCUUGCCAAUUGAUUUCUUUGUUUUUGUUUUGUCCAGUUUGCUGGUUUUGUUUUGUUUUUAAGUUUUGAGUCUCAGUUGGACAUUUAACUGGAAAAAAAGUACUUUAUAAGCAUAGUAACAUUAUAACUCCUGUAUGUCCUACAGUGGAUUAUAGAUGAAGCUGCACAUGGUUUUACAGCGUGCCUAUGACAGCCUAAGUGGUGACUGUUAAGGGUUAUAGAUAUACUUUAGUGAACUGUCAGUUUACUAGCUCUGAGCUAAUGUAUUUUUAAGAGUUCAGCAGCGUUGAGUAUGAAACUGGAUGAACUCCAAAAUACAUGUAAUGAUCGCAACACUCUUUGAACUGAUGGGGGUGGAGGGUGUAGAUAAAACACUUUUAUUUUGUCAAGAAGUAUGUUAAAAUGAUAGUUGUGAAUGUUAGGAGUUUAAAACAAAAUAGCUUAGUUUUGUCUUUUGUUUUUGUUUUUUGUUUUUUUUUUUUUUAACCAUAAAGACAAGCUAGAUGUUGACAUUGCGAUUUUAGGCUGUGUGUUUUCCAUAUGCUUCUUGCUUUCCCUGUCACAGGUGGUGGCAGCAAUAUUGGUGUGAUUGAGGUUAUGCUGGCACCACUCACACACAGGCGCAUAAUGGUGCUAGCUGGGCAGAAAGAGUGGCAUCUCUGGCUACCGGGCUGGGGGCGACCUUUACCCUAGGAUGAAGUAACCUUGCAUUCGGCUGCAAGGUGUACUGUACGUACACAGGUUUUCCUUUGGAAUAUGGAUAAAUACACCAUGAUAAGGAGACUGGAAGGGCAUCACCAUGAUGUCGUAGCUUGUGACUUUUCUCCUGAUGGAGCAUUACUAGCUACUGCGUCUUACGAUACGCGUGUGUAUGUCUGGGACCCACACAUUGGAGACACUCUGAUGGAGUUUGGGCACCUGUUUCCCCCGCCUACUCCAAUAUUUGCUGGAGGAGCAAAUGACCGAUGGGUAAGAGCUGUGUCUUUCAGUCAUGAUGGACUGCAUGUUGCCAGCCUUGCUGAUGAUAAAAUGGUGAGGUUCUGGAGCAUUGGUGACGAUUGUCCAGUACAAGUUGCACCUUUGAGCAAUGGUCUCUGCUGUGCCUUUUCUACUGAUGGCAGUGUUUUAGCUGCUGGGACACAUGAUGGAAGUGUGUAUUUUUGGGCCACUCCAAGGCAAGUCUCUAGUCUUCAACAUUUAUGUCGCAUGUCGAUUCGAAGAGUGAUGCCCACCCAAGAAGUCCAGAAACUGCCCGUUCCUUCCAAAAUGUUGGAGUUUCUCUCCUACCGGGUUUAGGAUGAGGACUGCUUUCCUGGUGGGGCAGACAGAGCACCCUUUACAACACACCUCAAGCUUUACCAGCUCAAGCAUCUGUUCUUGAAGGCUCGGAAGAUUAUUUAAUUUGAUCCACUCUUAUAUUUCAUUUCAUUAGUUGGACUUUUAAAGCAUUAUUUAUACACCAUUGGAGAAAUAUUUCUGAACAUAUCAUGUAAUUUUUAAGAUUAACUGUGAAAACAUUACAUACAUGUAUAUAUUUAGACAUAAGCUGCUAUGUAUUGAAUGGGCCCUUUAGUUUUCUCUUAGUUCUGACUUGUAUAUAUUGCUUUAGUAGAGCCAGGAUGUGCAUACGUGCUGUUUGUUGGAGCAAAUUCAGUGGAAUUUUUGUUUUUUUAUUUGGGGCACUGAGUUUGCAUGACGUUGAAUAAAACAGAAUUGCCUCAUAGGAAAUGGGUUGGUCAGAAUGGAUGGUGUGAAGCUGACUGGUGAGAGAGGUUUACUAUUUGAAAUUUUCCAAAGGAAUGGUUUGUGGGAGUUUGAAUGUGACGUUUAAAAAAGAGCCAAGGAAAAAGAUAGCUAGAAAAAGGUUGGCUCUUGUAGGCCUUAAUUUUGGAAAGCAGCUACUUACCUACCCCUCGGAGAAUAAAAAAGUAUUAUGCAUUCUUGUCAAUUUGAAAACUACAUCUACUGUAUUAUUGCUGAAUAUUUUGUCAAUACUAAGGGACAAUUAUUUUAAGACCAUGGGUUUUAUUUUUAACAUUUUGUUUCUACAAGGAUGAUAUUGGUGACUUACCAAAGAGAAGCAAUACACAAUAUGUCUGCUUUAGCCUUCUUUUAUUUAUCUUAUCUGCAGAUGUUGAAAAUGUAUGCAUUAUGUAAAAUGCUUGUUUUGUAUCUUUUGAGUUUUUUAAUUAAACAACAUAAAAAUAA